AUGAACGUAAACCCGCAUCUUCAGUACUUACAGCAGCAGCAGCAGCAACAACUGACACCAGGGCAACAACAGCAACAGCAGCCAGGACAAAUGUCGGCCGGAGCAGCUACUGCUCCAGGACAAUCACCACCAAUCUCACAAUUACAAUUACAACACCAACAACUCCAAAGACAGCAACAGUUGUUGAACCAACACUUACAACAAACCCAAACCCAACAACAGCAACAGCAAUUGGGCACGCCAACCGGCCAACACGUCAAUCCAUUGUUAGCUGGUUUGAACGGGAGUAACACGGCCAGUUCUCAAACAAACGGCAGCGGGUUAUUAAUGAACAAUUCAGUCAACCCAUUAUUGCAAAUGCAAUUGCAACAACAACAACAACAACAGCAGCAGCAGCAGCAGCAACAGCAACAACAACAACAGCAAGUCCAACAACAGCAAUUUCAACAAUUACAAGCUCAACAGUUACAACAUCUCCAACAACAACAAGCGCAAGCCCAGGCCCAAGCACAAGCUGCUAUGCAACAAUCCCAAAUCCCAAUAAUCAAACAAGUAUGGUCCCAUAAUUUGGAACACGAGUUCCAAACAUUACGUAGCUACAUCAAUGAUAAGACCUCCAAUGUAUAUAUCUCCAUUCAUCAAGAAAUCCCCGGGAUUGUCGCUAGACCAAUCGGUACAUUCAAACUGUCUUCAGAUUAUCAUUUCCAGACCCUUAGAUCCAAUGCUGAUUUACUUAAUAUUAUCCAAUUAUCAUUGUGUAUUAUAAAAAUAUCCAAGAAUGGCACCAACGUCAGAAAUGAACUCAAUGCUCAAAGAAGUAUUAUCUGGCAAUUCAAUUUCUUUUACGACUUGACCAAGGAAAUGUACAACGAAGAGCAUUUAGCCAUGUUGUCACAAACUUCUCAGAUCAACUUCCAGUUGCACAUGACUCAAGGUAUUCCACACUUGUCGUUUGCGGAAUUGAUGAUCGAAAGUGGUUUGCUUUUGGAUCAUCUGCAUAUCAAUUGGAUUUCAUACCAUGCCGGAUACGAUUUGGGAUUCUUCAUCAGUUUAAUGAUGAACAGCACUUUACCUAUUGAUGAGCAAGAGUUUUCUUGGUGGUGCAGCAAAUACUUUCCCAAUUUCUACGAUUUGAAAUACAUUGGCAAUCAGAUUUUGUCAAACAAAAACACCAAUGAUGAAUCAUCCAAGACUAACAAACCCCUGAUUGAAUAUUUAGCCGAGGAGUUGCACUUGUUGCCGAUCUCCCCUGCCAUUCGUCAACAUUUCAAUUCGACAAACUCAUUACAACCCACCCAACAGCAACAACAGCAAAUGACAUCGACGUUGCACGCAUAUUUGUCCAUGGAGUGUUUCAAGGAGUUGGUGAGACAACUGGCGUUUGAUAUCUCGGUGUUGACAAGAUACAAGGGGUUCAUAUGGGGGUUGGGGACAUUAUCGGAAACCGCUGAGCAAAAUGGCGUUGUUGUUCCCGUGUCUGCGGCUACUCCUACCCCAGGCACUCCUGGUUCUAAGGGGAUAUAUGGAAGAGGUUAA